GCGUGGAUCCAAGUUCCAACCCAUACGGCGGUCCGGCGAGGCGGCGCCAUCUAGGACACGGCUGAGGAUCAGCAGCGAUGAGGAGCGACGCGGCGGCGGUGCCUCAUGUCCCCGCCCAAUGCAACGCCCUGGAUGAUAUCAGCUCCAGGGAUCCUCCUCAAGCCCUUCGGCCAACCCCUCAUCGUUUCCCAGAUUCUCGUCCAUCAAUCCUUGGGAGGAAUGGGGCUUUCUUGACAGAAGUGUUCCCCAUCAAAGGCGGAGGGGUACUUGACACACUAUCAGUCUUCGGUUUCAUGCUCUUCAUUUUUCUAAUUGGGGUGAAAAUGAAUCCGGUGAUGGUUCUCAAGUCAAGUAGAAAAGCCCUCGCCGUGGGCAUUCUGGGAUACUUUGUCCCGUUUGGACUAUCCAGCUUCACGGUCUUUCUUCUCGAGAGGUUCUUAUCCUUGGACAAGGAGAUCUCUAGGGUGCUCCCCCAAGUUGUUAUAAUGCAAUCCAUGACAGCUUUUCCUGUUAUUGCUUGUUUCCUAGAUGAGCUCAAGAUUCUCAAUUCUGAGAUUGGCCGGUUAGUCUCUUCUUCAUCUUUUAUCUGUGACAUCUGCCAUUGGUCGGUAAUGGGUUUGAAGUAUGCUGCUAAAUUCGCCGAGGACGAAUCCUUGUUAGUAACCCUUAGUUCUCUUUUCUCUGCUGCCCUAUUUGUCCUGUUUUUGGUAUUUGUGGUCCGUCCGGCUGCCCUGUGGGCAGCUAGACAUACCCCAGAUGAGAACCCCGUAAAGGAGAACUACAUUUUUGUUCUUCUUGUUGCCAUAAUGACUUGUGGGUUCACUGGUGAGGCUAUUGGCUUGAGUGGGAUUCUUGCUUGCUUUCUUCUUGGUUUGGUGAUACCCAAUGGACCGCCAUUGGGAGCUGCAAUUGUUGAGAGACUCGAUUGCUUUGUCUCCGUGAUGCUAAUGCCUCUCUUCUUCACCAUCUGUGGGGUGGAAAUGGAUGUUUUCUCCAUAAACAAGUUCAAACAUGUGGGCGUGCUUCAGUCGGUUGUUUUAGUCGCUUUUGUUGGGAAGGUUGUGGGAGCGAUGCUUCCCCUUCUCUUUUACAGGAUGCCAUUCCGAGAUGCCAUUUCUCUGGCACUCAUCAUGAACUCCAAAGGCAUUGUUGAGCUUGCAUUCUUGAGUGAGUACAAGCAAGCCCAAGUAAUAACAGAAGAAUGCUAUGCAAUUCUCAUUAUCUCAGUGGUUGUUAUAACAGGAGUGAUCUCCCCACUUGUGAGGCGACUAUAUGACCCUUCAAAAAGGUGCAUCGCCUACAAGCGAAGGACUAUCCUUCACAGCAGCCACAACGAGGAACUCCGCAUCCUGGCUUGCAUACACAACCAGGAAAACGUCAGAGGGAUCUUUACCCUCCUUCAAGUCUCCAACCCGACAAAGGAAAGCCGCAUAAACUUGGUAAUCCUUCACCUAGUGAAACUCAUUGGCCAAUCUUCCUCCUUCAUUGCUCACACGCACCAAGACGAAGAAGAUGAUAAUCCCUCCCUUAAUAGUAAGCCACCCACCCAAUCCGAACACAUCUUCAAUGCGUUCAGAUGGUUUGAGCAACGUAACCAAGAUGUCAUGUCUGUGCAUUGCUACAAAGGGGUCUCGCCCUUUGCAACGAUGCACAAUGACGUGUGCACCCUAGCCUUAGAGAAGAGAACCACUCUCAUCAUCGUCCCAUUCCACAAACAGUGGACUUUCAGGGGGAGGGUAGAAUCGUGCUACGCUCACAGGGUCCUGAACAGUCACGUCCUUGAAAGCGCCCCGUGUUCAGUUGGGAUUCUCGCCGAUCGCGGAAACACGAAGAACAACAAGAGGUUGGGGUUUCCUGUAGAGGGGACGCCAACGCCAUCGCUGUACCGAGUCUCAAUGCUCUUCUUCGGUGGGGCCGAUGAUCGGGAAGCCCUGGCCUACGCGCGCCGCAUCUCGGGGGAUCCCAAUGUAAUGCUGACUCUCAUCAGAUUCAUUACCACAGGCAGCUCCGCGUCGUGCGAGAUCGUGGGUGGGACAGAGAGGAGCCAAAUGUUGGACACCGAGAUAUUGAACGACGUGAGAUUCAAGAGCCACUCCCACGGCGGCGGUGUCAGCCGGGUUUCCUACAGAGAAGUGGGGGUGAACGACGCUAGAGACGUGGUGGGGGUUAUGGGCACGAUGGGGGCAUCAUGUGACCUCAUCAUGGUCGGGAGACGCCACGGCGACUCAUGGAUCAUGUGUCAGCUCAAGAAGUGGAUGGCGACGAACGAGCGCGGCGGCGGCCUCGAGCUUGGGGUGGUGGGAGAAGUUGUGAUUGCCUCGUCGGAGUUCAACGGGGAGGCUUCGGUUUUAGUGGUGCAACAGCAGAAGAGGCUAUGGGGGCUUCAUGAUCCUGAAGAGUCCACUCAUUUGAGGAGAAUCGGCUCUUAGGCUUCGUUUGUCAGCCGCGCACGACCUCCUCUCCCUUCAUACAAGGAAGAUCAGAUCGAUUCUUCAUCGAUCGGACACACAAAUUGCAAAUUGGAGUGGCGACCCAGCCUCUUCCUUCGCGGCCGACCAGCCACCACCACCGCCGCACCCACCCUCAGGGUAUUUGGUGAUUAUGGAUUUACAAACAUGUAUUGUUACACAUGUUGAGAAUGAUCAACCACAUGAUUUUGGUGGUGAA